UUUAAUACGGAGUUCAAUUAGUUGCUCGUGAUUUGUCACACCGACUUCACUUCACCAUCAAUAUCAAACCAAUUAAGCAGAUCGAUCGAGCAUUCGGAGCGAGCAGCAGCUAGCGUAGCUUCGUGCGCAGCGAGAUUGCAGAGGAUGGCCUCGCCGCCGGCGCCGCCGCAACCGCGGCAGCAGAGUGGGGGCCCGAAGCUGCAGAGGGUGAUGGUGGCGGUGGACGAGAGCGAGUGCAGCCACUACGCGCUGGAGUGGGCGCUGCGCAACCUCGCGCCGGCCACCGCGCCGCCGCUGCUCGUGCUCACCGUGCAGCCGCUCCUCCCCCUCGGCUACGUCUCCGCCGCCUCCUUCGGCUCCCCUCUGGGAACACCCGUUGUUGCGCCGGAGCUGAUCAGGUCGAUGCAGGAGCAGCAGCAGCAGCUUUCGCAGGCGCUCCUUAACAAGGCCAAGGAAAUCUGCGCGCAUCAUGGGGUAGCUGUAGAGACAAUGAUCAAAGUAGGAGAUCCUAAGGAGAUGAUAUGUGAAGCAGCCGAGAAAUUAAAAGUUGAUUUACUGAUCGUUGGGAGUCACAGCCGUGGACCUGUACAAAGGCUGUUUCUUGGAAGUGUCAGCAAUUACUGUAUGCAUCAUUCGAAGUGCCCAGUUCUUGUUGUGAAGAAACAGGAGUGAAUAAUCCUUCGAAGUCUCAAUAAAACUCAUUGCGUGUUGUCGAUGUAUUGUCCUCAAGAAUGCAAUGAACAAAGCGGCACUGGAUGAUAUUCAGAUUAUUGAAUGAUGUAUAGUGUAAAUAGUCAAGAUUGUCUUGAAAAUAAAUAGCCGGCUUGAGUCUGUAAAAUAAGGGCCUUUUCCUUAGGGGGUAUCAUACAGCUGGUAUCUAUUGCAAAACCAAAGACAAGAUGAUCACCCAACUUGUGUGUAUAUAUGUGUGAUAUUUUAGUGCCGGAUUCACAAUGUUGUUCGUC